AUGACUCGUCUGUGUACAUUCGUAUUACUUCUUUUGUCUGGUCUCUUUGCUCAAAAUUCAAUUCAAGCAUCUUUGUAUUCAUGCAAUAGAAACGCGUCAUGUGGUUGUUCACAAAACCCAGUUAAUAUCAAUAGCCGAAUAGUCGGUGGUGAAACAGCUGCAAGUCAUAGUUGGGGUUGGGCUGUUUCGAUACGUCGAUAUAGUACUCAACAUUUCUGUGGCGGUUCAAUUAUCUCACCGAAUUAUAUAUUGACAGCUGCACAUUGUGUCGAUGGCAUUUCUUUAUUACGAAAUGAUUUGACGAUAGCCGUUGGUUCAGAUAAUCUUCUUGAUAACGAAGGACAAAGAAUAUUAGUCUCACAAAUAUUCAUGUAUUCGGGCUAUAACUCGCUUACUAAAGAGAAUGAUAUCGCCAUUCUCCGACUGAAGAAAGCAAUUUCAUUCAGAGAUCGAAACAUUGCAAGAAUUUGUCUUCCACCGGCGAGUAAUCGCAAUGCAACAGAGUUUCCGCGAAUAAAUUCUACACUCGUUGCUAUUGGUUGGGGACACACGAGUAUGUCUGGUUCUUUAUCAAACACUCUUCGACAGGUAACUGUUAAUGCAGUUGGCAAUCGAGAAUUGAAAUGCAGAAAUUCGAUUCGUAAUGUCGAUCUACAAUUUUGCGCUGCCGUCAAUGGCGGAGGCAAAGAUACAUGUCAAGGCGAUUCAGGCGGUCCAUUAAUGUUUUUUUCAACUGAGAAUCAGCAAUGGAUGUUAGCAGGCGUCACAUCGUAUGGUCGGGGAUGUGGUCUAACGGACUAUGCUGGUGUCUACACUCGCGCGAGUGCAUAUACCAAAUGGAUUGCAUCCUUUGUAGAUAAUGAUAUAAACUUUGAAGAAAAUAGUGCUCAGAUGAAUACGAUGUCAAACAUAUUUUAUAGUGGAAUUCUUGCAUUAAUUAUUCUUACACAUUCUUUCUUAUAA